AUGACGGAUAGACUGACGCAAUUGCAAAUAUGCUUGGACCAAAUGAUGGAGCAGUUCUGUGCAGCGCUCAAUUACAUCGAUAAGAAUCACGACUUUGAACCAGCUAAUGAAACAGAGAUGAAGAUGUCUGAUCGCCAUGCCACAGUGGCACCCCCUGAGGAGUUUGCCAACACAAUUGAUGAAUUAUCUACCGAUAUCAUCUUGAAGACAAGACAGAUUAUAAAACUGAUAGAUUCGCUGCCAGGAGUGGACGUCUCUGCAGCAGAACAGCUUCACAAGAUCGACGCUCUGCAGAAGGAGCUGGUGAAGGUUGAAAACGAUAAGGUUGAGGCUGUCAUCAGGAAAGAAAAGCUUCUUGAAGAUGUGAGCUCUAUGAUCGAGUUUUUUGUCGGUGGGAUAGCUGAGUCUCGACAAGCACUGGUUUCAUCAAAUGAUAGCGCAAUAGAGAAGUGA